UGCUUCUGUCCACUUUUCCUCCGUCUCCCACUUCUCCCAUGGCUACUCGCUUUCUUCUCCUCCUCCUCUUCCUCCUACUCUCUCUCCUCUUCUUCCACCUCUAUUCCAACGAUUGGGACGGACCAUGGAAACUCCCAUUUCGAACCUUGGAUAUCCUCCCGCUGCUCCCUUUCUCGGCCUUAAGACCCAUCCUCAGCUCAGUCUACAGCGCUGUCGAUCUCCUGCCGACCUUCGUCGGCACUGUAUCAUCUCCGGAAAACAGCCUCCAAUGGAAGGGCGCCUGUUUCUAUAACAAUAGCGCGUGGAUGGAGUUUCACAAUAAGAGCAAGUCGCCCUACGGGGGAGGUACCCUCCAUCUAAAGGUUAGUAAUGCCCACAGUUGGACUUGUUUGGAUCUUUAUGCCUUUGCAACUCCAUUCCACCUUACAUGGGAUUACUAUUUCUUGUCUCGAGAGCAUACAAUUGAAUUUCAUGAAUGGGAAGGAGAAGCUGAAUAUGAAUAUGUGAAGCAUCAUGGAGUAUCAAUCUUCCUCAUGAAAUCAGGGAUGCUAGGAACUCUCCGCGCUCUGUGGGAUGUUUUUCCCUUGUUUACAAAUACUGGAUGGGGUGAGAACUCAAAUGUUAAUUUUUUGAAGAAACACAUGGGAGCAAAGUUUGAGGAACGCCCAGAACCAUGGUUUUCUAGCAUCAAUGUUGAUGACAUCCAUUCAGGAGAUUUCUUAGUUUUAUCUAAAAUUCGUGGAAGAUGGGGUGGUUUUGAGACCCUGGAAAAGUGGGUAACUGGUGCAUACGGUGGUCAUUCUGCUGUUUGCCUAAAGGAUUCUGAAGGAAAGUUAUGGGUUGCAGAGUCUGGGCAUGCAAAUGACAAGGGAGAAGAUAUCAUUGCUAUAUUGCCAUGGGAGGAGUGGUGGAGCUUCGAAUUGAACAAAGAUGACUCAGAUCCUCACAUUGCAUUGCUUCCUUUGCAUCCAAAUCUUCGAGCCAAAUUCAACAAUAGUGCAGCUUGGGAGUAUGCUAGAAGCCUGGAUGGAAAGCCAUAUGGGUACCAUAAUAUGAUCUUUAGCUGGAUAGAUACUACAAGUGGGAACUACCCACCACCAUUGGAUGCACAGUUGGUUGCUUCUGGUAUGAUUUUGUGGAGCAAAGUUAUGCCAGACUAUGCUGCUAAUUUGUGGAAUGAAGCCCUGAACAAAAGACUUGGCACUGAGGAUCUUGAUCUACCUGAUAUUAUAGUAGAGACGGAGGAGAGGGGUUCUUCUUUCGCCAAGCUGCUCGCAAUUCCCGAGCAAGAUGAUUGGAUUUAUUCUGAUGGCAGUUCAACCUCUUGCGUGGCUUUUAUACUUCAGAUGUACAAGCAUGCUGGCCUUUUUGAUCCAAUUUCCAGAUCAAUCCAAGUCACAGAGUUUACGAUAAAAGAUGCGUAUACCCUAAAUUUCUUUGAAAGCAAUUCAAGCCGGCUGCCAGAGUGGUGCAAUAAAGAAGACUCUGUGAAGCUUCCCUUCUGUCAGAUAAAGGGAAAAUAUAGGAUGGAAUUGCCAGAUUACAACACGAUUCAGCCUUACCCACGCAUGAAUGAGAAGUGCCCAUCCCUGCCUCCAAAUUAUGAUCGGCCAAGCUAUUGCUGAUGCUAAUGCCGUUAAUAUUUAGGGUUUAGGGAAUAUCAUGAAUACUUUCUUCUGCUCCUUCCCCUCUCUAUGAAUAUGAAAUUAUGUGGGGGAAAUGGUUGGGUUGUAAAAUUAGUGAAAUUAGUUGGUGUAUAGGAUCUCUCUAUAAGCAUAUGAACUUGUUCCUA